AUGGCCACCAUUGAUGGGAGAAUGGUCUCCAGACCCCAGGGAUCUGGCCAGGGGCACCAGGGGAGCAGGGCCUGCCUGGGCUCCCUGGAUGACCUGCCGUGCGAGGGGACUCAGGAGCUGGCACCAGCUCGGCUGGCCAUGCUGAGGAGGGCACAGGAAUUCUUUCAGACCUGUGACACUGAGGGCAAGGGCUUCAUCGCCAGGGCAGAUAUGCAGAGACUCCAUAAGGAGCUGCCCCUCAGCUUGGAGGACCUGGAGGAUGUAUUUGACGCCCUGGAUGCUGAUGGCAACGGCUUUCUGACCCCAGAGGAGUUCACCACUGGAUUUAGUCACUUCUUCUUCAGCCAGAAUAACCCAAGUCAGGAAGAUGCAGGUACGCAGCUGGCCCAGCUCCAGGAGGAGAAGGUGUAUCAGAGCAGAGGGGACGAGGACCUGGGCGACAUGGACAAAGAUGAAGAAGCCCAGUUCCAGACCCUUAUGGACAGACUUGGAGCCCAAAAGGUUUUGGAAGAUGAAGCUGAUGUCAAGCAGCUCUGGCUGCAGCUCAAGAAGGAUGAGCCUCACUUACUGUCCAACUUUGAGGAUUUCCUGACCAGAAUCUUCUCGCAGCUCCUAGAAGCCCACGAGGAGAAGAAUGAGCUGGAGUGCACCCUGAAAAAGAAAAUCGCUGCCUAUGAUGAAGAAAUCCAGCACCUCUACGAGGAGAUGGAACAGCAAAUCAAAACUGAGAAGGAGCAGUUUCUCCUAAAGGACACGGAGAGGUUCCGGGCCCGCAGUCGGGAGCUAGAGCAGAAGCUGCUCUCAAAGGAGCAGGAGCUGGAACAGCUGGUCCAGAAGCAGAAGCGGCUGGAAGGCCAGUGCACUGCCCUGCACAAUGACAAGCACAAGACCAAGGCUGAGAACACCAAGCUGAGACUCACCAACCAGGAGCUGGCACAGGAGCUGGAACGGACAUCCCGGGAGCUCCAGGACGCCCAGCAGCAGCUGGAGAGCCUCCGGCAAGAGGCCCACAAGCUCCACCAGGAGAAGGAGAUGGAAGUGUACCGCGUCACCGAGAGUCUGCAGCGGGAGAAGUCGGGGCUCCUGAAGCAGUUGGAUUUCCUGAGGGAAAGGAACAAGCAUCUCCGGGAUGAACAGGACAUACGUUUCCAGAAAGACAAGGCGGCCAGGGCAAACACAGCUGCUUCCAAGCCAAGCCGGAAGCAGAGAUCUGGCUCUGUGAUCGGCAAAUACGUGGACGGCACAGGGAUGCUCAGAAGCCAGUCAGAGGAGGAGGAGGAUGUAUUUGGCAUCCAGAGGCGGAGAAGCUCCCUGGGCCUGAGUGGGUGCCCCCUUCCAGAAGAGGAGCCAGGGCCCGGAGGAACACUCACCCGGCCACUCCGCAGGAUCAUCUCCAUCGAAGAGGACCCGCUGCCCCAGCUGCUGGGGGGCGGCUUUCAGCAGCCACUGAGCAAAUGCUUGGAAGAAGAAGAGGCCUCCGGCCAGGGGGUGGAUAGACAAAGCGGACCUGCCCAACCUCUGGAACUCACACCCACGUCUCCCCGAGGGCAGCCCGUUGGAAAAGAAGCCCUGUCUGAGGAGGAAGGCUUCCCAUCCACCCCAGACCGGCUCUUCAGGAUCGUGUUCGUGGGCAACUCCUCCGUGGGGAAGACGUCCUUCCUGGGCCGGUUCUGUGAUGGCAGGUUCUCCCCAGGCUCGGCGGCCACUGUGGGCAUUGAUUACCGCGUGAAGACGGUGCGUGUGGACGACUCGCGGGUGGCCGUGCAGCUGUGGGACACGGCGGGGCAGGAGAGGUAUCGCUGCAUCACCCAGCAGUUCUUCCGAAAGGCGGACGGCGUCGUGGUCAUGUACGACCUCACAGCCAGACAGUCCUUCCUGGACGUGCGGCAGUGGCUGAGCAGCGUGGAGGAAGCUGUGGGAGACCGCAUUCCUGUUCUUCUGCUGGGCAACAAAAUUGACAACGAGAAAGAGCGGGAAGUGCCGCGAGGCCUGGGAGAGCAGCUGGCCAAGGAACACAACCUGACCUUCUACGAAUGCAGCGCCUAUUCUGGUCACAACACGGAAGAGUCUGUGCUCCAUCUGGCCAGGAUCCUCAAGGAGCAAGAAGACACCGUGAGGGAAGACACCAUUCAGGUUGACCGCCCUGCCAAGAAGAAAGCCUGCUGUGGCUGA